ACCCUUUACGACUUUACCCAUUUCCCCUAAAAUGCCUAAAUCUUAAACUCUAAUUUCCCCUUCCCAAAUUACAAUUGCAAUUUGCAAACUCAGAAGAGUACCUCGAGACGAGAGAUCAGAGUCGGUCGUCUCCUUCGCAACUCCUCCACUCCAGUAGUCCAGUCGGCAGUCUCCAGACUCCAGAUGACGGAAAUCUCAGAAUUCAAAUAUGCUUAUUUCAUUUCCGGAGUAGAAAUAAUUCGGAUUAAAAUCCCUAUGACAUCUAAUAGUUUUAAACACGAAGUCGAGCUUGUGUUCUCUAAUCCAUCUCAACCUCUUCCAAGAGGUAUGGGACUCUUUAGCCACAAUCACAUUGUAUAUAUGGUUGGGGGCUACUUUUUCAAAAGGGAGGUGUGCGUGGACAGACCUAAGGUUGUGGAUGUGGAUGGACUUCAAUAUUUCGAUCUUGUUUAUAUGUUUGAUCCAACCAAGUUUGAAGAAAUUCCGCUUGAAAAUAUUAAACCACUUCAGAACUUAAACUGUGAUUGCAUGAUGUAUCCUAACGUCAUUCGAGCUGAGGAUCGGAUUUACCUGUUGUCACUGCCUGAUUAUUUUGGUCAAAAUUUUGACAUGAUCGGACACGCCUUCCAUUUUCAAUACUUUGAUCCAAACAAGAAUUUGUUUAAAACCCUGCCACCCCCACCCGUCCUACGUGAUUAUAAUUUAAUGAACAUGGUUAGUCUUGAUGCACGGUGUCAUUUUUUCCUUAGAGGUUAUAUAUAUGUGUUUAUUACAGACGCCAAGACUUGUUUUCAAACAUUUAAGUUCAACACCAUAAAUUCAGAUUCAGAAUGGGAGGAUUGCAAGUCCAUGGUGGACAAAUUUAAAGAGAAAAAUAUUCCUUUUCCCUUCUUACAUGUUGGCGAUAUGGGGAUUUCGAAUGAAUUGGUUGAUAACACUUGGAUUCUAGUCGCCCUUAAUGGUGGUGCUCUGCCCAUUGCAUAUAAUGUUCACCUUAGUGACAAGGGUGAUAUUGAUCCUAUAUCUCAUAGGGUUCUGGCUGAACUUCAUACUUCGGAUGUUCAUAAGUAUGGCAGAGAAAAUGAUUGGAAACAAUUAGCUGAUAUGGGAGGUGGUAGGUUUUGUGUGAUGUGCUGUGCUUUAGAUGAAGAUUUUUUGAUAUACGGCUUCGAAAUUGAUUUUGAACUUGAAUGGACCAUUCAAAGUGAUAAAACUAAAGUGAGUUCGUCAUCUAUUAUUUUCAAAAUGGAAUUCAAUCAUAAUUACCCCAUCCCUUUGAAGGGUCAACUUACCGGUUUCUGUAUAGCCUCUGCUCCUCCUCCUCUUGCAUCUCCCGACAAUGAAGACCAAGACAAGAAUGAUAGGAAGAGUAAGAGAAAAAGGGGAAGUAGAUUGUUUGUAUAUUUAUUUCCAGCUCUGCUCCUCCUUCUCCUCCGGCGCCGCUGAGUAUGUUUUCUUCUGUAUUUGCUUAAUAUAGUAAUCAGCAAUGUUAAUUUAUUGGGAACAAAGGGUAUGCUUCUUAUUUCUUAUUGAAUGUGAAGUGUUCAAACAUUGAUAAUUGUGUUUCAUUCUUUCUUAUCUGGCUUUAAGUUGUUCUUGAUGGCUUAUACAUAUGUACGUAAUGUGGUAAAUUAUAAAGAAAAACUAGGUUUAGCUCUUCAAGUUUGCAAUAUAUAUGUAGUGCACAUCAAGUAGUGUGUUUAUACAAAAUGUUUGAAUGGAAA